UUAAAGGUAGUUAUAUUUUAAGUUUGUUAGGUGCUAUAAGCCACUCUCGUCCCACCCAUACACUCUUAACAUAUCUUUCUCAGUAGACGUGGAACAAAUUUAACAACCUUCUCUCAUGUAUCAGAUCACGAGAAACGACGGAAUCGCAUCAGAAUUAAUUUAUAAAACUGUGAAAACUGGCUAUAUGACUGAGUUCAUUUUGUCUGCAUAACUUGUCGGUUGUCUCCAUUCUCCUCUUCAGUUACAUUCCAUGUUGAAACCGAAGCAGAUACUAGAAAUGCUUCAGCAAGGAAUCCUCUAUUUGACAAAUUUAAGAAGCCUCGUCGCGCUCUAAUUAUGAUUAAUUCUUCCUUCUCUUUCUACACUCGCAAGUCAUUUCACUUCCUAAUACAUUUUUAUCAUUGUGCAUAAAUUUUAAAGUACUGAUUCAAACGCGCGAGGCCAUGCCUGGGAGUACCCUUUUGAGACAGUUACGAGGCAAUAGCCUACUCCAACGCCAAACAAAACCCAUCAAUGAGUUAAAAUCAUCAACAAAUACAAACCCACCCCAAGCUCAAGCCAUCAAUGAGCGAAAAUCAUCAAUAAAUACAAACCCAUACCCAUCGAAGAAGUUUUUGACUCAAAAGAACAAGAACAAGAACAAACCAAAACCUGUUGGAGACACAGAUAUUAAGCAAUGGAACAUGGCCAUAACUAACCACAUGCGUGCCGGCCGAUGCGAAUCGGCUCUUGGAGUGUUUAACUCCAUGCCGCGUCGAAGUUCAGUUUCAUAUAAUGCUAUGAUAUGUGGGUAUAUGUCAAAUGAUAGAUUUGAUCUUGCAAGAGAGUUGUUUGAGAAAAUGCCUGAAAGAGACUUGGUUUCUUGGAAUGUGAUGAUUAGUGGGUGUGUGAGAUAUAAGAAUCUUUGUGCUGCACGGGAUUUGUUUGAGAGAAUGCCCAAAAGAGAUGUUGUCUCCUGGAAUUCUAUGUUGUCGGGGUAUGCUCAGAAUGGGUAUAUUGAUGAGGCAAGACGGAUUUUUGAUUGGAUGCCGGAGAAGAAUGAGGUUUCGUGGAAUGCGUUGCUUGCUGCAUAUGUACAAAAUGGGAGAAUUGAGGAGGCUUGUUUGUUGUUUGAGUCGAAGGUGGAUUGGGAGGCGGUUUCUUGGAAUUGUUUGAUGGGAGGUUUUAUGAAGAAAAAGAAGUUGGUUGAAGCGAGGUUGCUUUUUGAUAGGAUGCCGGAGAGAGAUGAAGUUUCAUGGAAUAUUAUGAUUACGGGUUAUGCUCAGAAUAAUGAGCUGGAAGAAGCACAAAGAUUGUUUGAGGAGGCUCCAGUGAAGGAUGUGUUUACUUGGACGGCUAUGCUAUCAGGGUAUGUGCAAAAUGGUAUGGUUGAUGAGGCAAGGAGAGUUUUUGAUUCUAUGCCUGAAAAUAAUGUGGUUACGUGGAAUGCAAUGAUUGCUGGAUAUGUGCAAAGUAAUAGAAUGGUUAUGGCAAGGGAAAUGUUUGAGGCAAUGCCUGACAAAAAUGUUACAUCUUGGAAUACAAUGAUCACUGGUUAUGCUCAAAGUGGUGAGAUAACUCAAGCUAGGAGUUUGUUUGAUAGGAUGCCUCGGCGAGAUUCCAUCUCAUGGGCUGCUAUGAUUGCUGGUUAUGCUCAGAGUGGCUAUAGUGAAGAGGCUUUGCGCCUUUUUGUAGCAAUGAAAAGGGAUGGUGAAAGAUUGAACAGGUCUCCAUUUACUAGUGCUUUGAGCACCUGUUCCAAUAUUGCUUCUCUGGAAUUGGGAAAGCAGUUGCAUGGUCAGCUGGUUAAGGUUGGAUUUGAGGCUGGUUGCUAUGUUGGGAAUGCACUCCUUGUAAUGUAUUGCAAGUGUGGAAGUGUAGAAGAAGCAUAUCAUGCAUUUGAAGAAAUAUCAGAUAAGGAUGUUGUCUCAUGGAAUACAAUGAUUGCUGGUUAUGCUAGACAUGGAAAGGGAAAAGAUGCUCUAGUCCUGUUUGAGUCAAUGAAGACAAGGGGUAUCAAACCAGACGACGUCACUAUGGUUGGGGUACUUUCCGCUUGCAGUCACACUGGCUUGGUAGAUAGGGGCACAGAAUAUUUUUAUUCCAUGAAUCGAGAUUAUGGAAUAAUAGCUAAUUCAAAACAUUAUACUUGUAUGGUUGAUCUUCUCGGUCGAGCUGGACGCCUAGAUGAGGCACAGAACUUAAUGAGAAAAAUGCCUUUUGAACCUGAUGCAGCAACAUGGGGUGCUUUGCUCGGUGCAUGCAGAGUACAUGGCAACACUGAAUUAGGUGAAAAAGCUGCAGAGGUGAUUUUUGAAAUGGAGCCUGAAAACUCAGGGAUGUAUGUUCUUCUAUCAAACCUAUAUGCUGCUUCAGGUAGAUGGGGCGAUGUUAGUAAGAUGAGAUUGAAAAUGAGAGAUAGAGGUGUGAAGAAAGUCACUGGCUAUAGCUGGCUUGAAGUGCAAAACAGGAUUCAUACAUUUUCAGUUGGUGAUACUUUGCACCCAGAUAGGGAUAGAAUAUACGCUUACUUGGAAGAGUUGGAACUUAAAAUGAAGCUUGAUGGGUAUGUUUACUCCACAAAAUUGGUAUUACAUGAUGUUGGUGAGGAAGAAAAGGAGUAUAUGCUCAGGUAUCAUAGCGAAAAAUUAGCUGUAGCAUAUGGGAUUCUGUCUGUGCCACCUGGGAGACCAAUACGCGUGAUAAAAAAUCUGCGUGUAUGUGAAGAUUGUCACAAUGCCAUUAAGCACAUAUCCAAGAUUGUGGGAAGGUUGAUAAUCUUAAGGGACAAUAAUCGCUUUCACCACUUUACUGGUGGUUCAUGUUCUUGUGGGGAUUACUGGUGAGGGCAGAGAGAUUAUUAUUAUUGGAAAACACUGAAUUUCUGUUAUGAAUACUCUCUGGAUAUGCUAAAUCCAUGCAGAUCAACGAGUUAUACGUUCUUGUGGGUUGGCAUUUCCAUUGACUUUAACGAGUACAGAAAAAAAGGUAGACAUUUUAGGUUCCACAGCUUGCAAAGGAUAUGAUGAAGAAAUUCCAUUAUCUGGGAACGUGCUUCCUCUUGACUGAUAAAGAAAUAGUCUUCACCAAGUGAAAAACAUUAAAGAAGCCAGCAAGGGUUUAGGGUUCAACAUCUAUCUUGGCAGACUGAAGAAUCCUAAAGAAGAUGAACUCUCCGACAUAGAGUAGUUGAGGACAAGCAGAAAUUUCCCAAAGCGUCAGCCAAUAUUCUCCUUUUCUGAAAUUAGAACAACCGUAGUUCAUUUAUCAAAUUAUUUAUCUGUUCAAUGAUAGAUACAGAGAACAGCAUUAUUACCUGAAAGAGAAUGUUCAUGGUGGAGAUGAGAUGUAUUCUACAAGCAUGGAAUGCACUAAAGAGGAAGACCAAGAAACUGUAUACCUCAUUUGGUUCAUAAUGAAGAGACAAUAAGCACUGCAAAGCAAGAACAGUAGAUACAUUAAAAUUAUUGCAAAUUAGGUAGCUGGAUUGUAAUACAGUGUCUUUUAAAUGCUCUUCUACCGUUUCAUUUACAGCUAAACAAGUGUAACUCUCAUCAUCAAUAACAGAUAUUUCUCUGCUCGUUGCAAAUGAAUACAUUGAAAACAAA